AUGGCGCAAAACGUAGUGCUCGUGACGACGAUGGGAGAGAUCACAGUAGAGCUCUACACCGAGCAUGCACCANAAGCAAGCAGAGGCUAUUACAACGGCACACCUUUCCACCGCAUAAUCCCCUCGUUCAUGAUCCAAGGCGGCGACCCUACCGGCACCGGCCGCGGCGGUGCUUCCAUCUACGGCGACAAGUUCGACGACGAGAUACAUCCUUCCCUGCGACACACCGGCGCUGGAGUCUUGAGUAUGGCAAACGCAGGGCCGAAUACGAAUGGCAGUCAAUUCUUCAUUACGUUGGCGCCGACGCCGUGGUUGGAUGGCAAGCAUACCAUCUUUGGAAGAGUCAAGAGUGGCAUGAAGAUUGUGCAGAGGAUGGGCUUGGUCAAGGUCGAUAAAGAGGAUAGACCUGUUGAGCCUGUGAGAGUCUUGAGUACGAGGGUUGAGGAUGCUGGUGCUUGA